GCUGCGGCGGAACCAUUUGGCUGUUGCACAGUAUAUUAGGAUAUCCACACAUGGGUGUUUCGUGUUUAUAAAUGUCAUGUGGAUUUAUUAAAGGCGAUGCAGAAGUUUUUUGACUGUUACAUGUUUCUGUCCGGGUUAUAUAGGACAUUUGAAAAGUAAAGAUUAGUGUUGUCUCAGAAAAGUGCGAAGAGUUUUGGUGUUGUAUACAAAAAUAAUCAACUUCUGCUAUGACAGAGGAAUCAGCUAAAACGGGAACACUUGGAAUGCUGGAAAAUGAAAAAAAUCCUGUACAAAGUGGAGAAAUAGAGACUGAUAUGAUGCAUCCCAAUCCAGCAAAACAAAGUUCUGAGGCUCCUGCCAAUGCCAAAAAAACCAAGAAGAAGAAAAAGAAGGGGGAAGGAAAAGACAGCCAACAGCAAGAGAUGAAGGGCACUACUGAGGGGACAUCUAAACAAGAAAGCACUGAAUUAACUCCUGAUGAGCAGCUGAAUCGAGAGUUGGACUGGUGCAUCGAACAGCUUGAACUCGGGUUAAAAACUCAAAAAACGUCCAGCAAACAACGGGAGGAGGCAAGUCGUGCUUUGAAGACACUGCGUAGCACCAAAGCUCCCCUGGUGAAGAAGAGGCAGGUGAUGCGAGCCAUCUCAGGAGACUACAGGAAGAAGAUGGAAGAAGAAAGAGCCAGACAGUUUAAACUCAUACAGUCAACAAUGACCUCUGCCCGGGUCACUUCUGUUUCUGAGUGCAAACCUGUGUUUCACCGGCAGGCUGAGAGAAAGACGCCAUCAACAAGCAAAACGUUUACAUCUCAGGAGACACGCACUCCACAAGAUCCUCAGGAGACAAAUAAACAAACAGAGAUUGUUGAAGAAAGCCAAGGAGAGACCAAACCAUUUGUAUUCACUAAAACCAAAGAGGAGUUUUGCUUCAACUUUAAAUUGUGACUGUGAAAUCAUCCAGUAUGAUUUGUGCCUUUUUGAAGUAGACACUUGAUUGACUACUUGAAAUGCAUAAUGCAGUGCCUGAACUCAAAGUUUUUUGUGCAUUUCAUUAAGCAUACAAUGUGGUUUUUAAAACUUACAAAUUGCUGUAUUUUCCAAUCAUGGAGAAGACUUAAAAAAUGCAAAUAAAGUAAAAAUCACGA